UUGCUUUUCCUCUUUUCCGUUCUGUAUACCACCUACUCAACCGCUGUGGAUUGCUUUGGAAACCAUAUCAAAAACCAUUUCAAUUGUUAUGAGGGGAAGCCUCGAUGGAAACCACAGUGGAUGUGAUUUUGGAAUUCUUGCAGGCACACAAUUUGAGCGAUGCAGAGUCCGCUUUACGAGCGGAGCUGCAGGAAAUGAAGGCUUUGACACCUCCGCUUGUUGAUGAACUUCCAAGACUGCCACCAGUUCGCCUUCAAUUAACGGGAAAUAAUCGCAACGGAUUGGAUUCAUGCAAGGAGGAGAAUUCUACCACAAGCUUCGAUUCAGCCAUAUUUCUGAGCUUGGCAAAUACUCCACAAGGCUUUUUCCCGUUAGAUGUUCAACAUGGAUUUUGCACAGGGAUGAAAUAUCCAUGCGGAAAGUCAUCAACAAGUCCGGGAAUAUCAGAAGAUUCAUCAGAUCGACUAUCAGGAUUUACAACAGCCCGUGAUGAUGAUUGUUUGAGUGAAUCUGCAAUUGAUUAUCCUAGGCAACAUUGGGAUUCUGAUACAUAUGAAAAUGAUGAUGAUCUCGGAUACCACAGACAGCCAAUUGAAGAUAAAGCAUGGUUUUUGACCCACGAAAUUCAUCAUCCUAGUGAUGAUGAACGGGAAAAGUUGCAGAAUUGCUUUAGCCUAGAUGAGAAUCUUGGAAACCUGGAUGGAGAUAUCAAGUCUGUUGUGGAAGAAGAACUUUGUCUCCCCACGGAGGAGAAUCUGCGGAAAGAAAGAGCACAGCCUGAUGAUAUGACUAUCCUUGAGAACAAUAGUUUGCAGUUUCAUAAAAGAGAGUUCACAAAUCCAGAAGCUAUGGAAGUGUUAACGAUGAGUGAUCCCUUGCAGCAUCUGAGCAAGGAAAAGCAGGUGAAAUUUAGUGAUAAAGUUUUGGUUGAUUGUGGCAAAGGACAGUAUCAUCGCUCAAUAGAACAUUAUGGUACAUUUUUUGAAUCAGCAAGACCAGAGAGUAUAUUAAUCAGCAGUGAUGCGGUAGUUUCAGGAAAUGAAUGCAUCGGACCCAAAAUUAUUGGAGAUAUGGAAAAUCCAACAAGGAAAGAGUUAGAUAUGGAAGAAUCUACACAUGAUUUGUACUUUCAAAGGUCAAGUUUUAAGGAGUGUUUGUAUGCAUCUGGAAUACGACAUCUUGUCUCAGAGAACACAACUGUAAGGCCUAGUGCAGAUGGCGAUACAGAUCAACAUGGGGAUCAUGCACGCCAUAAAAAGUCAUCAAAGCAUAUUUUGGAAAUGCAACCGCCCAGGCAAGAUUUGCAUGAACCAUUGGUUGAACUGGAUUUAAGUACAACCAAUCAGAAAUUCAAGGGUGACGAGUCUCCAUGUAGCAGCAGCGCAAGUAGCAAAGAAACUCUCAGUAUGGGUCUUUUUGAACAUUCAAAUUUGUCUUCCCAGAGCAUAAAUCACUAUCUUUGCAUGGAAACAAAAGGGGAAGACGAAAUGGAAGAGGAUUUACCUAAAGAGUCAGCCUAUGAAGAAUUUGUAGUUGAUGAGGAAGAGGAAGUAGAAACUAUGCAAGACCAAAUUCAGAACACAGAAAGUGAAGAAGAAGAAUACGAAGAAUUUGAUCUGACAAUUAUACAUAGGAAAAACAGGACUGGAUUUGAAGAGGAUAAAGAUCUUACUGUUGUGAUAGGUUCUAUCAUAGCUGGUCGAUAUCAUGUGAGUGAAUACCUGGGGUCAGCUGCAUUCAGUAAAGCCAUACAGGCACAUGACUUGCACAGUGGAAUAGAUGUUUGCAUGAAAAUAAUAAAAAACAAUAAAGAUUUUUUUGACCAGAGCCUGGACGAAAUCAAAAUUCUUAAAUAUGUCAAUAAACAUGAUCCUGCAGACAAAUACCACAUACUGCGUCUAUAUGAUUACUUCUAUCACAAGGAACAUCUUUUCAUUGUAUGUGAAUUGCUACGAGCUAAUUUGUAUGAAUUUCAAAAAUUCAAUAAAGAAUCGGAAGGGGAAGCUUAUUUUACCAUGGCCCGUUUACAGUUAAUAGCUCGCCAGUGCUUGGAGGCUUUGGAGUUCUUGCAUGGUUUGGGACUUAUUCAUUGUGACCUGAAGCCUGAAAACAUUCUUGUAAAGAGUUACAGUCGGUGUGAAAUAAAAGUUAUAGAUCUGGGAAGCAGCUGUUUUCAAACAGAUAAUUUAUGUUCAUACGUACAAUCACGUUCUUACCGUGCCCCAGAAGUUAUUCUGGGUCUCCCAUAUGAUCAAAAAAUUGACAUCUGGUCGCUUGGCUGUAUCUUGGCUGAACUUUGCUCUGGAAAUGUUCUAUUUCAAAAUGAUUCCCUGGCAACAUUGCUUGCACGCAUGAUAGGUAUACUUGGUCCUAUAGAUCCUGAGAUGCUUGCACAAGGACGAGAUACACACAUGUAUUUCACUAAGAACCAUGUGUUGUAUGAACGGAUUGAGGAGACUGAGCAACUGGGAUACAUCCUUCCAAAGAAAAGCUCCCUUAGACAUCGUCUGCCCACAGGGGAUGUUGGUUUUCUCGAGUUCGUUGGAUACCUCCUUCAGAUCAAUCCACUGCACCGCCCAAGUGCAAGAGAAGCACUAAACCAUCCAUGGAUUUCUUACCCUUAUGACCCAAUUUCAUAUUGACUUAUUUUUUUGAUGCCUCUCUUCCUCAUUUGUUUCAGGAAAUGAUGCUUGUUAAUUUCUAAUCUUUUUAUAUUUCUAUUUGAAAUUGACAAGGCUUCUCACCUGGUCCUGAAUGUAUUUUUUAAUAGGCUUAAUGGCUGUUAGUGUAAUUUAAUGGCCUGGGUUAUUCUUUGUUGUCAAAUAAUGCCCAUUUUAUUUCUCAGGAAGAUUUCAAUUGUUACAGUGAAAUCUGUCAAUAUGUUAAUCAGAUGUGAGGGUUAUAGUUUUCAUUGCAACAACGUGGGGAGAAAAUCCUUUUAAUAUAAUUUGGGAAAUGUUCUUUUGUA